GGAGUCGAGGACCAACAUCCUGGACAACCUGCUGUCCCGCAUGGAGCAGUACGCCAACAACCUGGAGGAGCUGGUGGAGGAGAGAACGCAGGCCUAUCACGAGGAGAAACGCAAGGCCGAAGCCCUGCUCUACCAGAUACUACCACAUUCGGUGGCGGAGCAGCUGAAGCGAGGGGAGACGGUGCAGGCGGAGGCCUUCGACUCCGUCACCAUCUACUUCAGCGACAUCGUGGGCUUCACUGCCAUCUCUGCAGAGAGCACGCCCAUGCAG